CAUAUGUGGACAGAGAGCAACGGAGUUAUUUUGAUGUUACAUCUGACCACGCCGUGCAAAUAUCUUCAUCCCAUCUACAUCUCAGAUUACUCCAAUGAGUGUCCAAAUGUACCAAUCGCACUCAGAAGUCGCCGCCCAAGUGGCAUCUCUUCCUCCGCCACCACAGCUACUCCUCUUUGGAGACUCUAUCACACAGGGUGCCUCCUCACUACAGAGUGAGCUGGCGAGACGGUAUGUGCGCCGGCUCGAUGUACUGAACCGCGGUUUUGGUGGGUACAAUACCAAGUCAGCUUUGACUCUCCUACCGUCGUUCUUCCCAGCAGUGGCCCCCUCGAGAACUGUUCCUCGUGUUGCUGCUAUAACGGUACAUUUUGGCGCCAACGACUCCUGUAGCGCCAGCGAGCCUCAACAUUGCGACCUCGAAACGUUCAAAUCAAACAUCAGACGUGUUUUAGACUGGGAGGGCGUUAGGCUCCAUAGGACCAAAGUCCUUCUUGUGACGCCCUCUCCCGUGGAAGAGUAUCGUCUGCCACAUGACGGAAAAGGCAGGGCAGAGAGAGUGGCCAUGUACGCUCAAGCAAUUCGGGACAUUGGGAAGAAAGAGAAUGUGCCUGUCGUUGACCUCUGGACUGCUAUGAUGCGUACCACUGGUUGGAAAGAUGACGGAGUUGAUGCCAUAUUGCCUGGGUCUUCAAGUAUAUCCCCCAGCAUGGAACUUGGGCGACUUUUCUACGAUGGUCUUCACUUGAACCAGGAAGGCUAUGAUAUCUACACGCGGGAACUUAUACGUGUUUUAGAAGCGGAAAUUCCAGAAUGUCAGAUACAGGGGACCAACGAGUGGUAUCCUGAAUGGAUUAGGUUUCAUCCACCUACAGAAACGAGAGAAGAGCCAAACGGCUUCUGAGUUGGUUGAAGGAGGCUGAGAGACUGAGGUUCAGGUACCAUGCGACUUUUCAUUGUAUCCCUUACAGAAAGCUCGAGUAAACA